AUGGAAGCGGCUGCCCGUGCAGGCAAAAGCCUAAAUGAACCAGUCAAGGCCAUCGAAGAUAAGUGGCUGCUAUUGCCAGCGUACUUGCAGGUCAAGGGUCUAGUAAAGCAGCAUAUCGACUCGUUCAACUACUUUGUCGAUGUGGACCUGAAAAACAUCCUGCGUGCGAAUGAGCGCGUCACUUCGGAUAUUGAUCCCAAGUUCUACCUGAAAUACACCAAUAUCACUGUGGGCCAUCCCGAGCGUGCAGACCCUGAUGCAAUCGACCGCAGCAUAACGCCACACGAGUGUCGUCUGCGCGACAUUACUUACAGUGCAUUUAUCUAUGUGGAUAUUGAAUAUACGCGUGGUGGCAAGAUUGUGCGUCGGAAGAAUGUGCCGAUCGGCCGCCUGCCCAUCAUGCUGCGCAGCAACAAGUGUUGGCUUGCCGGGCAAGACGAGGCAACCCUCGCGCGUAUGAACGAGUGUCCACUGGAUCCGGGUGGCUAUUUUGUCGUCAAGGGCACGGAAAAGGUCAUUCUCGUGCAGGAGCAGCUGUCAAAGAACCGUAUUAUUGUCGAGGCCGAUAGUCGCAAGGAAGUCGUCCAGGCCUCUGUCACUAGUUCGACGCACGAGCGCAAAUCCAAGUCAUAUGUGCUGACGAAGCACGGGCUCAUCUAUGUGAAACACAACUCGCUGAACGAGGAUAUCCCGAUUGUCGUUGUCUUCCGUGCAAUGGGCAUCCAGUCCGACAAGGAGAUUCUCCAGCUCGUCGCUGGCCAGGACGAGACGUAUGCGGAGCUGUUUUCCAUAAACUUGGAACGAGCAGCGAAGCUCGGCAUCUUUACACGGCAGCAAGCUUUGGACUACAUGGGGGCGCGAGUCAAAAUCAUGCGCCGUGGCGUUGGCAUGCGCCGCACGGCGAGCGAUGAGGCGCUCGAAGUUUUGGCCACCGUUAUUAUGGCUCAUGUGCCUGUCGAACAGGGUGAUUUCCGAAACAAGACCAUGUACAUUGCCACGAUGGUGCGCCGCGUACUGGUGUGCAUGGUCGACGAGAGCAAGGUCGAUGACCGCGACUAUGUGGGUAACAAGCGUCUGGAGCUGGCCGGCCAGCUGCUGGCCCUUUUGUUCGAAGAUUUGUUCAAAAAGUUCAACUUUGAUCUAAAGACAAACAUCGACAAGGUGCUGAAGAAGCCGAACCGCACAUCUGAAUUUGAUGCGUACAACCAGUUCUUCUAUCAUGGCGACUACAUUACAGCAGGCUUUGUGCGUGCGAUUUCAACAGGCAACUGGAGUCUGAAGCGAUUCAAAAUGGAGCGUGCCGGCGUCACGCAUGUGCUGAGCCGGCUCAGCUACAUCAGCGCUCUGGGUAUGAUGACGCGAAUCAGCAGUCAGUUUGAAAAGACUCGGAAAGUGUCCGGUCCACGAGCUCUGCAGCCGUCACAGUGGGGCAUGCUCUGUCCGUCCGACACGCCUGAGGGUGAGGCAUGUGGACUUGUGAAGAACUUGGCCUUAAUGACCCACAUCACGACAGACGUCGACGAGGCGCCCAUCGUCCGCCUCUGCUACGCGCUGGGCCUCGAAGACAUCAACUUGCUUACGGGCGCCGAGCUGUACCAACCAUCGACAUACAUCGUGUUUUUGAACGGCAAUGUUGUGGGCGUCACGCUCACACCCCACAGAUUCGUCGCCCAGUUCCGUCGACUGCGGCGUGCGGGGCUCAUCUCGGAGUUCGUCGGUAUCUACACGAAUACGCAUCACCAGACAGUGAACAUUGCGUCGGAUGGCGGCCGGAUCUGCCGUCCGAUGAUCAUUGUUGAAAACGGUCGGCCGCAGGUGACGUCUGAGCACAUUCGACAGCUGCAGGCCGGUACGAUGACGUUUGAUGACUUUUUGCGCCGUGGCUUGGUUGAGUACCUGGAUGUGAACGAGGAGAACGACUCAAACAUUGCCCUCUUUGAGCAUAGCAUUGGACCAUCGACAACGCACCUGGAGAUUGAAUGCUUUACGCUGCUAGGCGCCUGUGCAGGCCUAAUUCCGUAUCCACACCACAACCAGUCACCACGCAACACUUAUCAGUGUGCCAUGGGUAAGCAGGCCAUUGGUGCGAUUGGGUACAACCAGCUGAAUCGCAUCGACACACUGCUGUACCUGAUGGUGUAUCCGCAGAAGCCAAUGGUAUCGACGAAGACGAUCGAGCUCAUUGGUUACGACAAACUGCCUGCCGGCCAGAAUGCCAUGGUUGCCGUAAUGAGUUUCUCCGGCUACGAUAUUGAGGAUGCGCUUGUGAUGAACUGUGCGUCACUGGACCGAGGCUUCGGCCGGUGUCAAGUGAUGCGGAAACAGUCCACGGUACUGAGAAAGUAUGCCAAUGGCACGUUUGACCGCCUGGCUGAUGCGCCUGUGAAUGAACACGGCGAACCACUACGUCGGUUCGAGGCUCUUGAGGCUGACGGCAUCUCAGGCGCGGGCGAGAGGCUCGAGCCCGGCGACGUGUAUAUCAACAAGCAAAUCCCUACGAAUGCGAACGACAACAGCGCAGGCACCAUGCUUAACUCGGCAAUCACGUAUAAGAACGCUCCUUUGUCGUACAAAUCGCCUGUCGAGGGGUAUAUUGACCAGGUGCUCAUUAGCGACACUGACUCGGACCAGACGCUCGUCAAGUCGCUCAUUCGACAGACACGGCGGCCUGAGCUCGGCGAUAAAUUCUCGUCGCGCCACGGGCAGAAAGGUGUGAUUGGCUUGAUUGUGCCGCAGGCUGAUAUGCCAUUCAACGAUCAGGGUAUCUGUCCUGACAUUAUCAUGAACCCACAUGGUUUCCCGUCACGAAUGACGGUCGGCAAGAUGAUUGAACUGGUGUCUGGAAAAGCAGGUGUACUACGUGGCACGCAAGAAUAUGGUACUGCCUUUGGCGGCUCCAAGGUCGAAGACAUGUCUCGCAUUCUCGUUGAGCAUGGUUACCACUAUGGUGGCAAAGAGUACAUGACCAGCGGCAUGACAGGUGAGCCCCUCGAGGCGUACGUCUACUUUGGCCCGAUCUACUACCAGAAGCUCAAGCACAUGGUCAUGGACAAGAUGCAUGCACGCGCACGUGGACCGCGUGCUGUGCUAACGCGCCAGCCGACAGAAGGGCGCAGUCGCGAUGGUGGCCUGCGUCUUGGUGAGAUGGAGCGUGACUGCUUGAUCGGCUACGGCGCGACGCAGCUCCUUCUCGAGCGCCUGAUGGUCAGUUCCGAUGCGUUUGUGGUCAAUGCAUGUGAGGAGUGUGGUCUACUAGGCUAUAAUGGCUACUGUGGCUACUGCAAGAGCUCCAAGCACGUCGUCAAACUCACGGUUCCAUACGCGACGAAGCUCUUGUUCCAGGAACUCAUGGCGAUGCAGGUGGUGCCUCGCCUCGUGCUUGAAGAGGCUGUGUAG